AAACCCUAUGGGGCAGUUCUACUCUGUCAUAUAUGUCACUAUGAGUUGGAAUCGACUCAACAGCAACAGGUUUUGUUUUGGUUUUUGGUACAUAUUUAAGAAGUUGAAGCUGGUCUUCGUUGAGCGUCCACUGGGUUUAGGACACCAAAGGCGGUACAAGGAGGAAUCUGCAGACUGGUAAACACCCUUUCUGUCUUGACAAAUGUCUUUCUUCUCUUGUUUUGUACUGUGAAUGACUCUCUGUGGACUUAUGAGAGAUGGAACCAGGCUAUGUCAUGGUGUCAGCGGCAGGCCACAGAGUUAACCGUCCCUGAGAACCUGUAAGACACCGAUGGAUUUAAACAUGGACGACAACUUCACCACGCCCUCCACGACUCCUCAGGGAGCUGACUGUGACCUUUACGCACACCACAGCACAGCCCAGAUACUAAUGCCACUGCAUUACAGCAUCGUCUUCGGCAUUGGGCUUCUCGGGAACUUACUCGCCUUGGUGGUCAUUUUUCAGAACCGGAAAAAAAUAAACUCUACCACCUUGUAUUCAACCAAUUUGGUGAUUUCUGAUAUACUUUUUACCACAGCUUUGCCUACACGGAUAGUCUACUAUGCGCUUGGCUUUAACUGGAAGAUCGGUGACGCCUUGUGUAGGAUUACUGCUCUUGUGUUUUACAUCAACACAUACGCAGGUGUGAACUUUAUGACCUGCAUGAGCAUUGACCGGUUCUUUGCUGUGGUGCACCCUCUGCGAUAUAACAAGAUGAAAAGGAUUGAAUACGCAAAAGGUGUCUGCAUAUUUGUCUGGAUUCUAGUAUUUGCUCAAACACUCCCACUACUCAUAAUACCUAUGUCAAAGGAUGAGGCUAAAAGGACUACAUGCAUGGAAUACCCAAACUUCGAAGACACAGAGUUUCUUCCCUGGAUUCUGCUUGGUGCAUGUUUAAUAGGAUAUGUGCUUCCGCUCAUAAUCAUUCUCAUCUGCUAUUCCCAAAUCUGUUGCAAACUCUUUAAAACUGCCAAACAAAACCCACUAACUGAGAAAUCUGGUGUAAACAAAAAGGCAUUCAACACAAUCAUUUUUAUAAUCAUUGUGUUUGUUAUCUGUUUUACACCUUACCACAUUGCAAUUGUUCAACACAUGAUUAAGAAGCUUCGUUUUCCUGAUCUCCUUGACUGUAGUCAAAAACAUUCGUUCCAGAUCUCUCUGCACUUUACCGUGAGCCUGAUGAACUUCAAUUGCUGCAUGGACCCCUUCAUUUAUUUCUUUGCAUGUAAAGGGUACAAGAGAAAAGUUAUGAAGAUGUUGAAACGCCAGGUCAGCGUAUCAAUUUCCAGUGCCGUGAGGUCAGCCCCUGAAGAAAACUCACGGGAACUGACAGAAACGCAAACGAUGAUACAUUCCAAGUCUUUAAAUGGGAAGUAAAAAGGAACUAAAUCUGGGAUUUACAGCAAAAUAAACUGUAUGAAGAGUCUGCAAGACUUAUAAAGCAAAAUGAGUAUUCAACUUCCAAUCAGGAUUCCUUUAAAAAAGAAACUUUGAUAGUGCUCUAAUUUCCUGCCCUCCAACUUGAAAGUAAACAGUUACAUGUUUUACAGCUCAAGAGAACAACAUACAGCACAGUUCUCAUUUGUAAAUGAACAGACCAAAAGGGAGGCUAUCUUAAUAACUCUCAGCUGUAAAAAGAAAAGUUUUGUGUCAAUGAAAAUUUAAUUGAUAUCUCCUGCCAAUAAUCUGGCAGAAAAGACUGAUUAGAUUGUAUAUUGCCAAUGUAAAAAUGUUAAUAUUGUAAUAUAUUUCUUAAAACUAUGUUUCUUGCAAUUUAAGGUUGUAUCUCCUCAAUAACACCGGUUUUCUGUUUUGUUUUGAAUCAUAACCUUUGAUCCAAAGUACUCUUUUGGAAUAAAGAGCAGAAAGCUACAAAACUUUGAGUAUGUCUCUAAUGCUCACUGUCCAUCAUCAACAUAAAUUUCAGGGAGAAUAUAAUUAGCAAUAGAUAUGUUUGAAUAGUAACAUUAUAAAAGACAGCGGUAACUAAGGCAAUGAAAGUAUUGAGCUUUCCUCAAACAGUGAGCAUAGUAUUUAAGAGCUUACUGUUGAGAAACAUUAAGAACUUUACACGGAGGUACCCACUGGGAGGUGGAGUCCCUGGGUGGUGCAAACGGGUAACACGCUUGGCUGCUAAACCAAAGGCUGGAGGUUCAAGCGUACCCAGAAGCACCUCAGAGCAAAGGCUUGGUGAUCUACUUUCAGCCACUGGAAACCCUACGGAGUCCAGCUCUAUUCUGACAUAGGUCACUAUGAGUUCCAAUCAACUCAACAGCAACUGAUUUUUUUAACCCUUCGGGAGGAAGGUCGACUUGUCAUGUACUUCUUGGGAAUAAAGAAUUUUCACGUAUGCUUGGUUUUCUUUGUGUCCCUAGGGGAUCAUUUCUUUUUCGGUCACUGGUUGGUAGUAUCCUGUAUCUGUAUUUCAACAGUUGGUUAUCAGAAAAGGGACAAGGGGCGGCAGGGAAUGUAGUUGCUGCUUGCCUAAAUAAGACUCAUUUGAAGAUUGGCAGGGAGUAAAAUGUAAAAUUAUAAACUCAGAGAUCCCAGGAUUCUUUACAACAUUAUACACUUGCUCAAAAGAGUACCUUAGCAUGGGUAGCAAGACCUUUCUAAGUAUAGUCAAUGUGUCUGCCAGCUCAAAUUUGUUUUACCCAGCCCCCAAAUUACCCCAACACAGUAUCUCUAUUGACAAUGAUACCAAUUUUGAUAAUGGAACAUAAAAAAUGAAAUGCUAUAUCGCAAGCCAUACUUUCAAAUGUAGAGCCUCCUCUAAGACUUCACAAUUUGAACUAGACAUAUUAAAGGACAGAGCCAAUUAACCAACAAGCCAAUUUAGAUACAGAAAUGUGUUCAGCUCAGAAGUAAUUUUAUAUUUCAAGAGGAAAGGCAGCUACUCUUUCCAAUCAGUAAAAAAAAGUAUAGUACAAUUUUAAAAGUGGAAGCACCAAGCUUAAAUUAG